AUGGUUGGAUAUAACAGACUGGAAGGUUAUGUUCCAGUAGCAGUCCGCGCUUCAGUGUUGUUCUUCGCGUUGAACGACUUAUCACGUAUCGACCCUAUGUAUCAGUUUUCGCUGGACGCGUACAUCGACCUGUUCACGUACUCCAUAGACCGCAGCGCUAAGAGCUUCGAGCUUGAAGAACGCAUCAGUAAUUUGAAUGAAUUCCACACUUAUUCUGUUUACAAGAACACCUGCCGAGCGCUCUUCGAACGGCACAAACUCCUUCUCUCUUUCCACAUUGUGUCACGUAUCCUGUUUCAAGCUAACAAAUUGAACAUUAACGAGUACCUGUUCCUGUUGAAAGGUGGCGUUGUGCUUGACAGGUCUGAACAACCUGACAAUCCUACUAGUAAGUGA